CAAAAAGAGACAAAAUAUAUUUUCACAGCUCACUAAUAGAAACUCAAAAUAGUAAUAAUACUGGCCGUAAAAACGAAAACACAAUGACAUGGCACAACCACGUCAACAUGAGUUUUCAUGACGUUAAUAACAACAAACAUGACCGAGACGGAGAGAACAUUUUACAAGAAAGCCGCAAGUUACUGGGCCAAUGUACCGGCGACGAUCGACGGAGUACUCGGCGGUUUUGGCCACAUAUCAGACGCAGACCUCGACGGCUCAAAAGCCUUCCUAACUUACAUUUUAAACCUCCCCAAACCGCCAAACACAAAACUGGCUUUGGAUUGUGGUGCGGGCAUAGGGCGAAUUGCCAAAAACCUGCUGAUCCCCAAAUUUGAGAAGGUAGAUUUGGUAGAACAAGACGAAAAGUUCGUUAGCACCGCAAAACAAUUGAUCGGCGAAGACAAUGAGAAACUUGGAACAGUGUACCAAAUCGGGCUCCAACAGUUCAAGCCGCAAAAAACUUACGACGUUAUCUGGUGCCAAUGGGUGCUCGGUCAUCUGAACGAUUACGAUUUAAUUGCUUUUUUGGAAAGAUGCAGUGAGGCUUUGGCCGAGAACGGUGUUAUUGUUAUUAAGGAGAAUAUAACAUCUUCUGACGAAAUCGAAUAUGACGAUGACGAUUCGUCUGUGACACGCCCCGUCGGUUUGAUGCAGAAAAUAUUUGAAGCAGCCAAAUUAGAGAUAAUCAAGACUUCUGUUCAGGACAAUUUCCCCGAAGAAAUAUAUCCAGUGCAUACAUUUGCUUUGGUACCGAUGGACUAAAACGGAUAAUGCAGGAAACAUUAUAUUUUGUAGAUAGAGUUACUCGUAAAAUAAAGGUAUGAACAUUGUUUCUGCUAUCUUUGAUCUUAAAACAAAGUUCUAAAUAUACAUAAGCGUGACCAUAUGGCAUACGUUACCUUCGGACAUACACAGCACAAUAGACGUCAUGUUCUGAACGAGUGAAUGUUUAUCUUUGAUGAAGUGGCGAAUCGUGUGCAGAAUUCGUGAUUGUGUCGUUGAAUAAAGUAGGAUCUGGGACGUGCUGCGCCGACGCAAAUAAGAUCACAAGUGCAUUCACCGUUUUAGUAGGUACUGUAAGCUUAUGAAAUACUUACAUCAUGCUAAGAUCUGAACUUUAGAGAAUCUUACUGCGACAAUUACUGUCGUAAGUUUAAAUUAUUAUAAUUGUUGUCUGUCUAUUUCGUUUUGUCGGCAUUUUCUCAGAUAAGUAAAUGUUGUUUCAUGUCGCAUUUAAUAGACAGUUUAAUGAAAAUUUUCUCUGAAUGACCUACUCUUGUGUGAGACGUGUAAUUUACAAAGGUAUAUUGUCGUACAGAGAUAGAUGGAUUAGUACGAAAAAUUUUAUUGCCUUACUAGAGCUUCAAAGCACGUGUCUGAACCACAGUUUACGAGGAAAUUCAAUGGGAUUGAAAGCCGAAGCUUGCAAUGAUGGCGUAUCGUCGAUAAUUAACGACAGAACGCUCGCUGAUGUUCAAUCAAAGAACAGUUAGUGAUGGAUAUCGCACCGCAGUUGGUUAUUAGGGCCGGGGCGUCAAUCUUAGGCCGCGGCUGAGUCUCGCCCAGCAAUUCAGAAGAACAGUUACAAUCUCAAAUUGAUGGGGGUUCCAGCUUUUGUCUUGGAAUGAGCCGACGUAACCGUUCCUAACAUUUUAACGGUGGGCGGUUAGAUGCUGUUCCAUAGUUAGUUGUCUUAAUGCCUGCUCUAAAAUGUACUUCACUAAUUAGGAUUAAACAUACAGUCCACUGUUAAUAAUAUAAAACAUAAUGCGUUGUUGUAAUCUGAAAUAGAUUAAGCUAAAAUUAAUGUCAUUGGAACGCUACUUUAAAGAUGCUACAAUUGUUUGACCUCAACCGGACCUAAAAGGAAAAACGCAAGGAGAAUCAAAAAUGUCACGAGCUUUAGAUUACGUAACUUAUAUUCGAUGUUAUUUG